AUGAUAUAUUAAUAACUAUAACCUAUUAACGAUCAAUAACAACCAGUCCAAAUUUCUCCGGAUCACACAUUCACCUAAUUGCCUUAAACUAAAUGCGUCUAUCAUCCGAAAUUUAUAACUCAUUUCUGCAAAAAGACAUCAUGCUUAAUGCCUCUAUGUGACACUUGUUUGGGAACUCAUUCUCCCCAGCAUUCCAAAUUUAUCGAUUCUAUCCAAAACACUCUAACUCAAGUCUAUCGUGGCUAUGCCAAAAGGGCCAAUGAAAUUGCCUUACAUCAAAGACAUGAUUUUUUAUAAUUGCGCCAAGAUCUCCACAAAUUGAUCGAUGCAAUUUUUGAAGAUCUCCUCAGAAAAGCUGAUUAAAAUUAUCAACCAGAUUUGGUCGUUGAAUGGAGGAAUUUAAUAUCCAAAUUGGAAAAGCUUAAGGAUUCUCAAACUUGUAUGAAAGAAGCCAUUCUAUAUUUUGUUGAACCAGAUCAAGGGUAUCACGAGCCUUAAUUAACCUAUUAAAAUAAUCCAAUCCAAAUAAAUUAAUUCUCAUUAUAACAAGUUAAGUUGCACUUGAAUAGAUUAUUUACGGUAGCUUCCAAUAAUGGAGAAUUUUUAAAUCUUAGAGAUAAUGAAUGGCAAGAGGAGAACCCUAUUAGAAGAGUCUCAAGUAUCGUGGAUGAUUCAGUAGUAUAUUCAUUAUAUAAUUAUACUGAUAGUAAUCUUCCUAAUAAUAAAAAUAAUAAUAUAAAUAAUAAUAAUAAUAAUAAUAAUAAUAAUAAUAAUAAUAUUAAUAAUCCUAAUAAUCCUAAUAAUAUUAAUAAUAAUGCUAAUCAUCAUUAAAUAGAGAAUACUCAUGCUUAAUUUGAUUAGAGUCCCAUUAGGUUAGUGAUGCCUAUAGAGGAACAAUAUGCUAUUCAAAGUCCUGCUGGUAUUCAGUAUGCACAACCCAUAGUUCGGACUCCGUACACAGUACCAUCGGUUUAUACAAUCUCAACAGUGAGACCAUUCAAAUAGAGUAGGGAAUUCAGUUAUGCUUUUCCAUAUGUUUAAUGA